GGCUCGUUACAGGGUAUGGACUCCUCCUUGUCUCCGUCUUCUUCCAGCGGUUCCUCUUCCCGUCCGUGUCCGGAAGCGAUGAUGGAGCGGCUCAAAUCCCAGCUCGAGGUAGCGUACGCCGAGGAGUUCCUUCAGGUAGUAUUGAAGGAACACUUGGUUCUAACUUUGUUUAGAGAUGAGUAUGAUCUAUUACAUGAAGAUUAUCAGCUUUUUCUUCUUCCAAGCAUUUUGGAAUCCAAAAAGUUAGCUAAAUCUAGACGAGCGAAACAAAAGUAUGCAGAUUUGGAAUAUAAUGUGGCAAAACAAGUUGAGAAGAUGAUAAGUUAAAGAAAGGAAAAAGAGCUUAGUAUAUGUCAUUUGUGGAUCCUGGUCACAUAUCUACAUGCGGUGUGGGCGAAGAAGACAGUAAAUUGACAGUAUGUAUUGUGACAGUGGGGUCAAGAUAUAUAAUGCAUCAAGGGAUAUUUCAAAAGGACCAGGUGUUAAACA